AUGCGUUUAAAGAACCCAAAUCUUAGGACAGGUUACAUGAGUUUGUUACUCAGUCUGAUUGAGACUCUGCGCCAGUCCCCUAACGAGCUCCACAAGACUGAGAUAGACGAGGCAUUUGCUGCACUCAGAUCCAUGACUGAUGCUGGAUUUAAGGUUGAUUGGUUGGCGAAGAAACUUGUUGAGCUGUCGGAAAAGAAGCAGAAAGAGGAGGCUGGUGGAACUCGGAUAUCCAUGACUGAUGCUGGAUUUAAGGUUGAUUGGUUGGCGAAGAAACUUGUUGAGCUGUCGGAAAAGAAGCAGAAAGAGGAGGCUGGUGGAACUCGGAUGCAAGAAAUCAAAGACGAGCUGAAAAGUUUGAAACAGAAAUGCUUAGACCUGGAAGUUCAGCUGGAGGAUACGAAAACAGAGGUUUCAGCUGCAAAAGCUCCUCUAUCAUUCGCUGAUGUGUUUUAA